AUGGGCUUUCGUCUAGGCUGUUUGAGCGACUCCCCGUGGUGGCCACCACCGCUGCUGCUGCUGCUGUUCUGCACUAUCCCCUGCUGUUCAGGCCGGCCGUUUGGGAUUCCAACGCCCUCCGUGAACGUGGCGGUGGUGUUCAGCGGCUCGGCCUACCAGACAGAGAUUAAGGGGCGGCUAAGCCGGGAAAAUUUCCUGGACCUGCCUCUGGAGGUGAACCCCAUCACUGUGCUGGUCAAUAACACCAACCCUCGGGCGCUGCUCACCCGCAUCUGUGACACCCUCUCCACCAACCGUGUGCAUGGCGUGGUGUUUGAAGACAAUGUGGGCUCUGAGGCUGUGGCACAGAUCUUGGACUUCAUCUCCACUCAGACAGCUGUGCCUAUUGUGGGCAUUAGCGGAGGCUCUGCUGUCGUCCUGCCAUACAAGGGCGAAGGCUCUAACUUCCUGCAGCUGGGCUCCUCCAUCCAGCAGCAGAUCAACGGUAUGUUCAAGGUGAUGGAGGAAUACAACUGGGACAGCUUCGUGGUCAUAACCAGCCUAUACCCAGGCUACGAAGCCUACGUGGAUCAUGUCAAGACCUUCACGGACACCAGCUACUUCAUAUGGGAACUGCAGGAUGUGCUGACCUUUGACAUGUCCGCCGACGGCAUGAACGACAUGCGAGCACUCAGGCUGCUGCAACAGAUCGAUGCCCAGGUCUUGCUGGUCUACUGCUCACACGAAGAGGCCAAUUACCUGUUUUCCAUGGCAGCCGGGGCUGGACUGGACGGGCCAGGCUACAUCUGGAUUAUCCCCAGCCUGGCCGUGGGAAACCCAGACAUCGCCCCACCGGAGAGCUUCCCGGUGGGGCUUAUCAGCAUCAUCACAGACCGCUGGAGAAUGAGCCUUAGGAAGAGGGUACGAGACGGGGUGGCCAUCGUGGUGAAAGGCGUGCAGAGCUUUCGGAAACAGAGGGGCUUCAUUCCAGAGGGCCACAGUGACUGCCACAACCCUGUCAAGCCAUUGGCUGCUAAUGACACGCUGUUCAGGCACAUGUUGAAUGUAACCUGGGAGCACAAUGACUUCACCUUCAACAGUAACGGUUACCUGGUGAAUCCAGCCAUGAUCAUCAUCACUCUGGAUAGAGAGCGGCAGUGGGAUAAGGUGGGGACCUACGAGAUGGGCAUCCUGCAGAUGCGAUACCCUGUGUGGCCGCGGUUUGGCUCAUACCUGGAGCCAGUGUCUGAUUACAGGCACCUGACAGUGGCCACGCUGGAGGAGCGGCCCUUCGUCAUUGUAGAGGCAGUGGACCCUUCAACUGGUACAUGUGUGAGCAACACUGUGCCCUGCAGACGGCAGUCCAACAAAACGGAGACUAUUGUGGGUCACACCGAGCCAUACAAAAAACUCUGCUGUAAGGGCUUCUGCAUAGACAUCCUGAAGAAGCUGUCCCGCACCAUAAAGUUCUCCUAUGACCUCUACCUGGUCACCAACGGCAAGCACGGCAAACUGGUCCGAGGCAUUUGGAAUGGGAUGAUCGGAGAGGUGUUCUACAAGCGGGCGGACAUGGCCAUCGGCUCACUGACCAUCAACGAGGAGCGCUCGGAGAUCAUUGACUUCUCAGUGCCGUUUGUGGAGACAGGAAUCAGCGUGAUGGUCGCCAGAAGUAAUGGGACUGUCUCACCAUCUGCCUUUUUAGAACCAUACAGUCCGGCGGUUUGGGUGAUGAUGUUCGUCAUGUGUCUCACCGUUGUGGCCAUCACAGUGUUUGUGUUUGAAUACUGCAGUCCAGUUGGGUACAACCGCAGCCUGGUCAGUGCCAAAGAACCCGGAGGUCCCACCUUCACGAUUGGGAAGUCAGUGUGGCUGCUGUGGGGAAUCGUCUUCAACAACUCGGUGCCAAUUGAGAAUCCAAAGGGCACCACCAGUAAGAUCAUGGUCCUGGUCUGGGCUUUCUUUGCCGUAAUCUUCCUGGCUUCCUACACAGCCAACCUGGCAGCCUUCAUGAUCCAAGAGCAAUACAUCGACACUGUCUCUGGACUGAGUGACAAAAAGUUUCAAAAGCCACAGGAGCAGUACCCUCCAUUCCGCUUUGGUACGGUCCCAAAUGGCAGCACAGAACGUAACAUAAGGAGUAACUACCCCGAGAUGCACUCCCACAUGGUCAAAUACAACCAGAAGGGAGUAGAGGAUGCCCUUAACAGCUUAAAAACAGGGAAGCUGGAUGCCUUUAUCUAUGAUGCUGCAGUGCUGAAUUACAUGGCUGGCAAAGAUGAGGGCUGCAAGCUGGUGACCAUUGGCAGUGGCAAAGUGUUUGCUACUACUGGUUACGGCAUUGCCCUGCAGAAGGAUUCACGCUGGAAACGACCCAUCGACCUGGCUCUGCUCCAGUUCUUGGCUGAUGGUGACACACAGAAGCUCCAGACCGUCUGGCUUACGGGCAUCUGCCGCAAUGAGAAGAAAGAGGUUAUGAGCAGUAAGCUGGACAUUGACAACAUGGCGGGGGUCUUCUACAUGCUCCUGGUGGCCAUGGGCCUGAGUCUUCUGGUUUUUGCGUGGGAACACCUGCUGUACUGGAAACUACGUCAUUCGGUCCGCAAAUCAGAAGAGCUUGACUUCCUCCUGGCUAUCAGCAGAGGCAUCUACAGCUGCUUCAGUGGAGUAGAGCACACCGACCGCAAUGGAAGCAUGCAGAGUCCAGACAUCACCACCAACUAUUCACAAGCCAAUAUGCUAAAGAUGCUACAGACAGCGAAGGACAUGGUGUCCUCUGCCAGAGUGGAGAACUCUCUAGACAACGCUACAAAAACAUUAGAGAACUGGAGCAGGCGGGGGGCCGACAAUGUGCGGGCUGGCCUUCCACCAAGAGUGACAGCCACCGACAUGAACCACAGCCAUCUACCCUACAUCUCCAGCAUCACUGACAAUCACUCACCGUACCCCCAGAGAGCCCUCACACCCACUUUCCCAAUUCAUUAUGGGGACACCUCUGCCAAGCCCCUCCUCGAAAAUCCCUGUGUGGUAACUCGGCCCACCCCACUCCGCUACACACUACCUGCGCGCAGCAAUCAGCACGUCGUAGAGAGGACUCUGCCCAUAUCCAGCCUCAGUAGUCCUCACAUCGCAAUGAGGGACCCUGCUCCCUCUGGUUCAGCUAACCCCUACCACAGCAGCAGGCUGUAUGUGGAGAACCAGCAUCGGCACCCAACGUCCCCUUUUGUUCCUUACAGGGAGUUUCAGGUCCCCGAUAUCUACGUGGAGCACAAAGGGCCACUGAAGAGGAAGUUUAGCUACCCUCCUGACUGUGUGAGCCGACAGAGGAGGUCCCAUACCUACGUGUUUGAUGCUGCAGACCCCAGAGUGAGAGGUGACUAUGAUGAACCUCGAUCCUGCCUUGCUGAAUUAAGGGCCAACCACCUCUUGAACAACCAUGCCCCUGAUGCUGCUGCCAUUUCCUGCACUGCAAGACACUAUCCUGGCAGCAGCAACAGCUGCAACUCCUGUAUGAAGUCUUAUCUUGAGCCCGAAAUGGAUGAUGUACCACUCCUGGGGAAGGACAAACUCAACCGCCGCGCCUCAUUUCUCAGAGCCACAUGGGGCAAUGACAGGAUCCAUCAGGUGGAUGAAACAAAGCCCUCAACAUCCACAUCUCCUUCCACCCGCGUAGACAUGCCUGACCUGUUUCCAAGGGUGGUUGUGGCCAACCCAAAACCCCACAAGCUAUACAGCAGUCUCGGGCACAACUUGUCCUGCUACCCCUUGGCUGCUGAGCCUGCGUACUUGGACCCCGCCCACAUGGGGUCCUAUCCCUAUAAGCAAAAGCUCAAGUACUCUGACUCUACUCGGCUUCCCUCGUACAGGGAAGCCAUCCUGCAGAAUGCCGCUGCCCUGCGCCGCUCCUCUUCCACAGUGGUGCACAGACACUACUCAACCUACCUGAACUCAUACACAGACUUACCAGUGUAUGUGGGGCCACUGGCCCAGGGACCAUCCCAGUUGUAUGAUGGUUCCAAGGACAUGUGCCACAUGUUUCCUUGUACAAGCCACCGCCCUGAAAAUGCAGCAAUGCUGCCUCGUAUGAGUGACAGACAGGUGGUUUACCACAACAAUAUGUUUGGGGCCUAUGAUGGCACAGGAAAGAGAGAGGACCAAGGUCUUGGGAGCAGAGAGCGGAGGCAGGUGCUGGUGGCACGGAGAGUUAACAGUCCCUAUGUGCCAAAGCCCUGGGGCAGGGUAUCCAGCCUGGAGUCGGAGGUCUGA